AAGGGCUGCAUGGAGUCCAGCGGCUCAUUGUGCGCCAGUGAUGGGCUGCUCAGGAUGGUGGCUGCUGUGGACCGCCUGCUUGGGGAACACCGUUCUGCAGCAGAACGCAGUGCGCGUGACGGUGCGGGAGUCCAGCAUGGAGGCCAUCCAGGGGGACUCUGUGGUCCUGCCCUGCUCCUUCUUCACCAUGAUCCCCCUCUCUCGCCUCAGCAUCAUCUGGACCCUGGCACCGCUCUCGGACCCUGCCUCCCCCUCACAGGUGAUUGUGUAUGACCAGGGGCAGGUGAUUGAGAGCCCUGCUUUCACCGGCCGGGUGGGUUUCACAGGAAUCCCGUGGAGCGCAGACGUGGUCCUGAACGACACUCGUGUGUCUGACUCGGGCAUCUACCGCUGUGUGGUCAGCAACCCACCAGAGGUUGGAGAUCCAGGGAUAGGGGAACUCAGCCUGAGUGUACUGGCCCCUCCCUCCCUCCCCGUGUGUCUGUGGGAGGGUGACACGGAGGCCGGUGGCAGCGUGACGCUCUCUUGUGCCGUCGCAGAGGGGGUGCCCACCCCAGAGAUGCGCUGGGAGAAGCUGGAGCCGGAACAAAUCUCGCUGCCUCUCAACAUGGAAAAUGACAUGUCGGGCUCUAUUCAAAUGGCCAAUAUAUCAGCGCAGACGUCUGGAAUAUACCGCUGCUCCGUGUCUAAUGUCCUGGGCACCCAGAACUGCUACAUAAACCUCUCUGUGUACAGCCCUCCUGACGAUUCCCCAGGAAUCCUGCAGGGGGUGCUGCUGACUCUCUCCAUGGCUCUGGUGCUCCUGGCCCUGCUGGUGCUGGUGCUCUGGCUUCACCGCUCCGGCCAGGAGAGGAAGAUGAGGAGUCCGAAGGAGCAGGAGGAAGAGGAGUCUUAUAACGAGAUCAGAUACACCCCCUCGCUCAUCAAGCGCUCUUUUGUUUAAGCUUGCGCCAGGGAGCUCAGAAUUAACACUUACCGACCAGUCUGCCCGCCUAACCACUUUGACUCUUUCAGUUCACGUCACUAACUGCUGCACCGCAGUCCUCCACGCCCAUCUACUGGGUUACAUCAAUAAAUAAAAAAGGCAGAAAAGAA